GCAGGUGGCACUCGGCCCCCGGCCGUCCCCGGGCCUCGGCGGGAGCCGCCGGUCAGGGCACGGCCCCGCCGCACGGGUGUCACAGGCGCCUCCGCCGGCCCCAGACUGCCGGAGACGUUCGGAAGGGGCAGGGCCCGAGGUGGCUCCAGAGGGCUCUGUCCCGGACGGCAGUGCUGCUGUCAGGGUCCGGCGCCGCUCCCUAAAGCCCGAGGAGACACCGGGCUUCCUUGGUUAGGAGAGCGCUUAAGGCGCGCUGCGGGCAAGUGUUUCCCUAGGACGAGGAUCCCGGCUGUGAGGAGGGGUGGAAGGGGCUCGGCCACCAGCGGGGAGCCGGCAGAGCGCUGCUUCUGCCGGGCGGCAGAGAGGGAUGCUGCUCAAGUUAAUCCUCCAAGCUGGCUUGGGUUCUUCAGUGCUCUAGGGCAGCGCUGCACGGCGGAGCGGCCGCCAGCGCUCUCAGAGAUGGGGGGCUUGGGGCUGGACGACCAGCAGGGAAGGUGGAUGCUGGCCACGGCUGGUCAGGGACGAGGGAAGCCCAAGAAGGAGCCAUCUGUGGCCGCAGGCUUCGCCUUUAAAACGUGCCUUUCCCAACACACACCACAGAGCUGUCAGCCCCGCGCCCGGUCUUAGCAACUGUUUAUUGCAAACACUGAUGGAUCCCGGGGAGGAGGCGGCAGAGCCGGAUGACAAACACCUACGUGAUGGUUUUGCUUCUGGAGACAAAUUCUGAGGGGACAGGCAGGGCUGGUUGUCUCUGGGCUUGAGGGGGUCUCCAGCUUCUAAUUUAAAAAUAAAAGAAAAAGACAAACCGCUGUCAUCUGACACCAAAUAUUGUGGCCGUGCUGGGAAUCAGACACUGCUCUGAAAUUCCUCCUGCCCCCCUGCCUCAGGCUGCAGGUGGAUUUCCCACCAGCUUUGCAGGCUCUGGGAAAGGUCAUCUGCCGCGUUGGAACGUGGCUCGGGAGCAAUGCCAGCCCACAAGCUGGCCCUGUCUGCGUGCCCCACUCUCUGCUAGUGUUCGUCUUCCCUGUUGCUUGUGGGGAAAGGUGGAGUGUUUGCUCUAUUUACUGUCAGCUGCCUCCUCUGUUCAGCUGUGAUUGCUAUUCCUCCUCCCACCAAACACUGAAGUUUGACCUCAAACCAAAGCAGCAGAGGACAUAAAAGAUGAAAAAUACAGAUCUACUCCACACUUUAACAUGCAGCGUUUUCAGUUCAGUUGGUUUGGGAUUGUCACUGUUACCCCAAGGAAAAUCUGAAACUGUUUGGAAUCAUCAUACUUGAUCUUAGCUAUGUAGAAGACUCUGCUUGUCAGCCCCUCAGUCGAUUAGACAGACAUGAAGGAGGGGCUGAUAUUCCUUGGGACUGCACAGUUGUGUUGUUGGCCUGCUUUGGAGAUACCUAUUUUAUUUUUUUUAAGGGUUGACAACCCAGAACUCCCCAGUCUCAGCUUGCAAUAAUGAGCACAUGUGCAGGGGGUGUGAGGGCAGUUAAUAUACCACCUUUUGUCCCAAACUGAAUUUGCUCCCAUCUCCAGCUAAUCUCACUGUCGCCCACAGUGAUGCUGGGUCACUGUCCCUGAUGGAGAGCCACCCUCAGAUAUCUGACACCCUCUGGCCACCUUUGCUUAAGCAAAGAGACUAAAUUACCCAUCACCCACAUAAACCCUCCCUGCAAUUUGUCCCGUCUGGUGAGAGCCCACAAUCUCACCUGCUUCCAGAACAUAAAUUAGGGUCUCUCCCACCUGAUGUUCAGCCUUCUCUCACAACAGUCACUGAAGUUUCAUGGUCCAGGCAAAGGCUGAGGGAAUGAUGUGCCCAGCACCUUCACUUCUGCCAUGGCUGGAGGCCCAGAGCUACUGAUCAGAGAGAGACUCUGCCCACACAGUAUUGAUCCGCAAGCACCGGCUGGGCAACGCAGGGCUGACAGUCAGUGGUCGGUGGCCACAGGAGGGCUUCCCAGAAAGGCGCCUUUAUGGCAGCUGACGCAACCCUGACUACCCCUGUCCUCUCCUGGGGCCUGUGUCUGGCCUUGAGCCCUCUGAUCAGAGCAGUCAUGUGGGAGUUUGCUAAUAAGGUGACGCCCUGCAGGGGCAGCACACUGUCAGGUGGAAGAGGAGACAGGCCGAGGGAGAGGUUUACCAUCUUUUCUGUCCCACCAGCCAUGGAUAGGAAGCCGAAGCAAACAGAGAAGGCCAGGCCCUACGGCCUGCUGAAGCCGACAGCUUUAGGCAAGAUCCCAGGCAGAUUCCAACUUCACCAGGAAGCGUUGCCUCAUCUCCCCGUGCCGCCACUCCAGCAAACGCUGGACCGCUACCUGCUGGCCCUGCAACCCAUCAUCAGCGAGGAGGAGCUGAACCACACGCAGGAGCUGGUGGCUGAAUUCCGCAAGCCAGGAGGCGUUGGGGAGAGGCUGCAGAAAGGCCUGGAGAGAAGAGCCAAGAAAACAGAGAACUGGCUCUCAGACUGGUGGCUGAAGACAGCUUACCUGGAAUAUCGCCUGCCAGUUGUGGUCCACUCCAGCCCAGGUGUGGUUUUACCUAAACAGGAUUUUCUGGAUCGACAAGGUCAGCUCAGGUUUGCUGCCAAGCUGAUCGAGGGCAUCCUAGAUUUCAAGACCAUGAUUGACAAUGAGACCCUUCCAGUGGAGUACAUGGGUGGGAAGCCCCUCUGCAUGAACCAGUACUACCAGAUCCUCUCCUCCUGCCGCAUUCCCGGGCCCAAGCGGGACUCCAUUGUCAACUAUGCCAAAGGCAAGAAGCAGUCCAGACACAUCACAGUGGUUCACAACUUCCAGUUCUUUGAGCUGGAUGUUUACAACAGUGACGGAAGUCCCCUUACUACUGACCAGCUCUUCACUCAGCUGGAGAAGAUAUGGAACACUUCCCUCCAAACAAACAAAGAACCUAUUGGGAUCCUCACCACCAACCACCGAAACAGCUGGGCAAAAGCCUACAACAACCUUCUGAAAGAUAAGACCAACAAGGAAUCUGUGCGUACAAUCGAGAAGAGCAUUUGCACUGUCUGCCUUGAUGCACCUAUGCCACGGGUGUCUGAGGACAUCUACAAGAGCCGCGUGGCUGCUCAGAUGCUGCACGGCGGAGGCAGCCGCUGGAACAGUGGGAACCGAUGGUUUGACAAAACCCUUCAAUUCAUCAUUGCUGAAGAUGGCUCCUGUGGUCUUGUGUACGAGCAUGCUCCCUCAGAAGGCCCACCUAUUGUUGCUCUUCUGGAUCACAUCGUGGAGUACACGAAGAAACCCGAGCUGGUAAGAUCACCCAUGAUUCCUUUGCCAAUGCCCAAAAAGCUGCGGUUUAACAUCACCCCAGAAAUCAAGAAUGACAUAGAGAAGGCAAAGCAGAACCUCAACAUAAUGGUCGAUGACCUGGAUGUCAAAGUCAUGGUUUUUCAUCAAUUUGGGAAAACCUUCCCCAAGUCAGAGAAGAUAAGUCCUGAUGCUUUUAUCCAGCUGGCCUUGCAGCUGGCGUACUACAGGAUGUAUGGCCACGCCUGUGCCACGUAUGAGAGUGCGUCGCUAAGGAUGUUCCGCCUGGGCCGCACAGACACCAUCCGCUCCACUUCUGUGGACUCUCUUAAGUUUGUGCAAUCAAUGGACAGCCCCGACAAAUCGGACCAGGAGAAAGCAGACUUGCUGAGGAGAGCUACCCAGGCCCACAGGGAAUACACUGAUAUGGCAAUAAGGGGCAAUGCAAUAGACCGUCACCUCUUAGGCUUGAAGCUUCAAGCUAUCGAGGACCUAGUGAGCAUGCCUGAGCUGUUCAUGGACACAGCCUAUGCUGUUGCAACACACUUCAAUCUCUCAACCAGCCAGGUCCCAGCAAAGACAGACUGCGUGAUGUGUUUUGGUCCCGUGGUUCCAGAUGGCUAUGGAAUCUGUUACAACCCUAUGGAUGAACACAUCAACUUUGCAAUUUCAGCAUUCAACAGCUGUGCUGAAACAAACGCAGCCCGCAUGGCACAUUACCUUGAGAAGGCACUGCUAGACAUGAGGAUCUUACUCCAGUCCACUCCUAAAUCCAAACUGUAAGAGGCAAACAUGAUGCAAAACCCCCAACUAAAGGGGAUAUCCCUCAGGCACCGAAGUUCCCAGUUCCUCAGAAAAUGAUUGAGAGGACAGCUUCCCUGACUGGAACCUAAGAGAGCAUCUACCAUUUGUUUCCAGGAAGAGGUUACAGAAUAGUCAUCCUCAGAUAUUAAGACUCUGUUGGUGAGAGGAAACACUGUCUUAAGCUGAAGUAGAACUGACGGGUCUUCUCCCAUCAAUGCCAAGUGCACCUUCCUGUCCUCAAAGAGGACUGAAACAUGAUUUCUAUGGAACUUACUGUAAAGGAAUACAGAAAGCACAGUCCUUACCAGUAUCUAAAUCCAUUUGGUGAGGAAGGUAGUUCUCCAGGAAAAGCAGGGAAUGUUAUUAUAUGAUGGAACUACUAUAAGACCAAGUCUUUUUGCUGGGUUAAUUUUCUGAAGAGUGUAGCAUGUUUCAAACUUGACUGAAGAUUUUUCUGCUGCUCCAGCAAAACUUCAACAUUGAACUUUGGCAAAGGGAGAAAGCAGCUCUUAAGUCAGAGCAGAUCUAGCCUCACUGGAGUGCACUGCACUACUUAUCCCAGGCACUCCGACCAUUACAGGCUUGACAGACCUGGGAAUGCUCCCUUGCCCUCACUUUAGGAUGCUGGGAUGUCCUUUCUGUUGCACUGACCCUAUUAACAGAAUAUAAUUUGCUACAAACUAAGGUGGGUUUUUGUUGUUCUGGGCUUUUUGUUAAGCUUACUGUUGUGGUCCUGGCCACUGAUCUUCAGGCUCAGCAUAUAGCUUGUUCCCCACAAAGCUUAUACAAAACUUCUCUCUCACACAGGUUUUGCUUUGGCUUUAUGUACCUUAACAUUAGCAGAAAUUAGAAGGGAUUGCCUAAGCAUUUAGCAGGACAGUUGCUUCAUUGUACAUUUCUUUGGAACUGAGGAAAAGAAAGAGACACUGACCUGUUUACUAGCUAGAAGGCCACACACCUAGUCCCCCUCAGGGUACACGUUAACCCAAUGUGUUUUUAUACCUUGCUUUCAGAAACAAAUUUUUGCUUAAUGUGUCAUGCCUAAAUCGUGGACAAGUAAGAAUGUUCCUGAUCAGGAACUCCAGAACAUGCUUCUGUUCAUGGCCCCCAGAGUUCAAAUCUGUUAGAGUCAAAGAAAAAACAGCUGCAGAAUCACCCUUUUUUUCACAUCACUCUGCUUUAACAAGGCAGAAAACCUUGCAAAGCAGGAAGCAAGCUGAGAACACGUGGGCAGUGUUGAUGUUUGCACACUGUGGCAGCCAUUGUUCCUGCAGUAACAGUACAGCACCUUUUCUGCCACUCUUGGAGUUUUUUCUUACUGCAAUGUUACUCAGAUUUGUGCCAGCUCUAUUCUGUGAGAGAAUGAUCUCAUGAUAGUCUUUUCAUGUUCGGUUGACAAACCUGAGACAGUAAAAGAUUAUAUAUAAACAUUAACAUACAAUUGUAGCAUAGGAAUUUUUGUAAGCACUGCUUCCAGUGAAUCUGCCAGAAUCCAAGCUCCUGACUCUACUUUUAUUUAGUAAAACCGUAUGGUAAUGAAGAAUUCUAGUGCUAUUUCUGCAACAGAAAUUUAAUAUUUAAAUUGCACACCCUUCAAGAUGUGGCUGCUGUGACAUCACCAUACACAAGAAGCAUUAGGAGUCUGAUGGCCCAUUUUGUUAACAGGGAAAUAUUUGAUCAUAAUUGCUACUUCUCUGAUCAUAGAACAGCAAGGGACGUGAUCAAGUGCCUUGGUGAAUAUAUAUGAAGAAAUUUGCACUAAACCUGUUUAGAGUAAAAGGAAAAAAAUCAUUCUAAUUUGCUUCUUGAAAGACACAAGUCAACACUACGGCAUUUUUUCCUAAAAGGAUAUUAUUUCAAAGCUUCUAUCUUAUACCUAAAUAAACCUUAAAAAUUUAACUGAAACUCACCUGCACAGCCAGUGAUUGUAUGAACUGCCACUUUCACAUCAUCUACAUGGAUUUAGUUGAUCUUUUAGAAGAAUCCUGAAUGGAGUGAGAUAGUCUAAAAAAAACCCAAUAGGAGCACUACAAACCUGCAAGCACACAUCCUUGCUCUGUUGACUCCUCUGUAUGAAUUAGACUGAAAACUGCAGGAGGAUACUCAGUAUUAUUAAAGUGUAAGUGAUUGUGUAAAUACUACAGAAAAGACCAAACCUUGCUGGAACAACAUCUGGGUUUAUGGAGCCUUUUACUUUGAAAAAAAUACUCCUUUUGCCAAAGUAAUCCUCCCCCUGUACUGAAUCAACCUCUGUUGCUAGGGGAUGAGUUAUUUUUCUCUGUCUGCAAUGCCUUCAACCAUUGAUGCUACAGUAUUGCCACUUAAGUAUUUGAGACUGGCCCUUUUCUACUUCUGUCUCACAAGGGGAAGGCUCUCAAAGGAAAGUGCCUAUUAAAGAUUAAGCAGAAGUACACACUGCUGUGACUGUAUCUCAGAAGAUGGGCUUGAUCUUCUGGAUCUAAAUCUGGAUAUCCCACUAGCUUCAGCAGAGUACAGCUGCAAGAAGCAGACUAUCACACUGAAAGAGAUACAAGACUCAUAAACCACUUAAUGCAUCCUUAAUGAUAUACACAGCUGAAAUUCAGAUGAAUGAAGCUGAUUUUUGAAGUGCUUGAAAGGACAAUAAAAUCAUUACAAGGUUUUUUCUUUAAAAAGUCUUUUCUUAUUACACAAGUUCUAAAAUGUGAUGUCCUUCUGAUUCAUACCUUCUUGAUUUUCUCGGUGUUGACUUACUGAAUACUAUUCUCCCUGUUUCUGAUUAUUUUAUGAAGAGAUGUCCAUUGUCUUAAAGGCACAUGAAGACGAGAAACUUAAGUUCCAGAAAAACUACUGAUUUGGAACAAGUAAUUUAAGAAAUGCAUAGACUGAAAAUAUUCAGAUAACUCCUGGGGUAUGAGUGCAAUUUGUGACACAGCCUGGUAGUGUUGCAUGCUUUGCUGGUUAGCUGUGUUAAAUACUGUUUUGGUAGUGUAAUCCAUGUCAUGCAGAGGUUUGAAAUGUUCUUUGAAUAAACUGAAACACAAUAAACAGUGCU